AAGGGAUUAUGAUUUGAUUUCUUGGGAACUUGUUAUGAGUCCAAACUCUUGAAGUACAUUUCAGUGACAUACAUUGUCCACAGUUCACUUGGAGUGCAAUAGGUGAAUAAGAAAAUUAAAUGAUUGCUAUGCUGUAUAUGUGUUUUUUAUGGGUAUGUACAAGAAUACAAUGUCACUCGGAACCUUUCCGUUAAGACCUUGGUUGAUAAGGAAAAGAAUCGUGUUAGGUGAAUUAACACGAUUCUUGUUCUAUACAAGUCGGGCCAUAUUCACAAGCAUUCUAGAUGAUCGGUCACCAUGCUUAGUAAAUGCAGGUGUACAUUCAAUGGACCAAUUGAUUAUAUUAUAUGUUAGCACACUAUCAGUAGCUUUAAGUGGCUCUAAGUAAAAGAUGACUUAAUCUUGAAUAAUCAUAGAAGUGCAGCCUAGUGGAUGAGGCACUUUCUGCCAUUGCUGUCAGAUGGUCAGAAGGAUAAGAACCAACCUACCUAUAUAGGGUCACUUACCCACCAAAAAGAAAGAAGAAAAGCAGCACUGUCCAAGUUGAUUUCAACAAUAGCAAGGUUGUCCAUAUCUGAUGCUUUGAGAUUCCCCUAUCAGAUUUUGAACAAGUCAGACAUUUCAAAGGUUCAGUUUUUAUAAUCACAGUUCUCAGAAUGAUCCUUCUUGGGUGGCUUUGCUAGCAGAUUCUUGUUGUCCAUAGGCCUAAACUGCUCCCACAUGUCUUGGAACGAGACAGAAUAAUGGAAAUGUUCCAAGUUGUUACAUUUCAACUGGAACAAGCUUUGGAUAAAAUUCCCUUUGAUGAGAUUGACAUAUCAGAUGAAGUAAAAGAACAGGUUGAACUUGUGCAUUCUCAGUUCAAAAGAGCCAAAGAACGGAUUGAUGCUACUGAUACUGAGCUGCACACUGAUCUAUUGUCCAUCUACAGUAUGAGUGCUGAUGCCAAAGUAGACUCUACAAUCCUACAGAGUUUGGCAGAAAAAUUACAGUUGAUGACCAUAUCAGAUCUCAAACAAGAAUCAAUUGCAUUGCAUGAGAUGGUGGUCUCCAGUGGCGGAGAUCCUGGAAAAAUUAUUGAAAAGAUGGUAAUGCUGCUAAAGAAGGUAAAGGAUUUUGUGCAGACACAGCAAUCAGAAAUGGGCACUCCAACAAAUCCUAGGGUUCUUCCAUCUCAUGGAACAACUAAAACACCUAUUAUUCCUGAUGACUUUCGCUGUCCUAUAUCCCUGGAGCUGAUGGGAGAUCCAGUUAUUGUGUCCACCGGACAGACUUAUGAACGGGGAUACAUCAAGAAAUGGCUGGAAGCAGGGCACAACACAUGCCCCAAGACACAACAGAAACUAUCCAGCACAUCAUUAACACCAAAUUACGUCCUUCGCAGCCUCAUAAUGCGGUGGUGUGAGGAAAAUGGGAUGGAACCACCCAAGCGCCCAGCUCAAACUGGCAAGCCUCCAUCAGAUUGCUCUGCAAGUGAACAUGCCAAAGUUGUUGAUCUUCUCCACAAGCUAUCAUCACAGAACCUUGAAGACCAACGAUCAGCUGCUGGUGAGCUUCGCCUUCUUGCCAAGAGAAAUGCUGACAAUAGGGUGUGCAUAGCUGAGGCUGGUGCUAUACCUGUUCUGGUGAGUUUGCUUGUUACCCAUGAUAUACGCACACAGGAGCACGCCGUUACUGCACUUUUGAACCUCUCUAUCUUUGAGGAGAACAAGGGGAAGAUAAUCGUCUCUGGUGCUGUGCCCGGGAUAGUGCAUGUUCUUAAGAGGGGCAGUAUGGAAGCAAGGGAGAAUGCGGCAGCGACACUCUUCAGCCUCUCUGUGGUGGACAGGAAUAAAGUCAUAAUUGGCGAGUCGGGGGCAAUCCCCCCUCUUGUUUUGCUGCUAAGUGAAGGUAGUCAAAGAGGCAAAAAGGAUGCAGCAACUGCUCUCUUCAACCUGUGCAUUUACCAGGGGAACAAGGGAAAGGCUGUAAGGGCUGGGGUGAUUCAGACGCUGAUGGGGCUCUUGACAGAUCCAGAAGCUUCUAUGAUGGAUGAAGCGCUUGCUAUCAUGGCAAUACUCUCAAGUCAUCCCGAGGGAAAGGCAGCAAUCACGGCUGCAGAGGCACUGCCAGUGCUGAUAAAGGUGAUAAGAAGUGGAUCACCGAGAAACAAGGAAAACGCAGCAGCUGUUUUGGUGCAUCUCUGUAAUGGGGAGCAGCAGCAGCAACAUCUGGCUGAGUUGCAGGAACAGGGGAUGAUGGAACCAUUGUUUGCAAUGGUAGAGAGUGGCACUGACAGAGGCAAGAGGAAGGCUGCGCAGUUGCUCGAACGAAUGAACAGGUUUCUGGAUCAGCAGAAGGAAGCUCAUGUUCAAGCUAAGGCUCAGACCCGAGCUUGGAUACAGGGUCUGGUGGACGAGUCAAGAGAUACAACUGCGUCAGCUUCGACCGAUACAUAGCUGGUUUAUUAACAAAGGUGAAGUAACUUGCUGUUAUCUAAUUAUAAGACUGGAGGGGUGGAAGAUCACCUGCCUUGAAAAGUUAAUUGGCUUGUUAUUAUGUUUGAGUUGGGGAGAUAGGCUGGAUGCGUAUAAUCGCGACCGCCGUAAGCAGGAGAAUAGGUCAGAAAGUACCGAAAGAGUUGUUUGUAACGUGUGCCAUGGUGAUAAUUGAAGGUAUCUCAUCCUCAAAUUUUACGGAGGAGCGGCAUCUGUUGGACGAGACACUAAGCUUUGAAAAAUUUCAGGCAUCAUGAUUCAUUAUUUAUUCUACCUC